AUGCUCUCGUCGUGCCGCGCCUCGUGUGGCAAGUGCGGCCCGAGCAGCGGCUCGCAGAAGGGCGCGCAGAAGCCGACCGAGGUCCUGCGAGACGAUGCCUACUCGCUGCACGCCGGCUCGGUGUCUGGCGCCGGCCGCCACCUGCACAGCGGCAUGUACACGCUGGUGGACGCGAGGGCGUACUGCGACGGGAAGGAGCAGUGCGGCGGCUUCAGCGUCGACCUCCCCGAGCCGCAGCCGCUGCCGGCCGGCGCGCACCUCGUCAAGUUUUGGCGGCAGGUGGACUCUGUCGUCGCGGACGUGGCGCGAGCCACCUUCCGCAAGGAGAAGGGCCGGGGAGGGGAGACGUCCGGCGGCGACGCGGGCGGGUACGCCAAGCGGCGCGAGGCGAUGGUCGCCGCCUACUACGUGGCGACCGCCGAGGAGUUUGCGGGUGCGUCGAAGCACCAGGCGGUCGUCGAGCAGCUGCGCGCGGCGCUGCUGUCGGGCGCCGACCGCGACGCCUGCUACGUCCUCCGCGCCCACGCCUACCUCGGCCUCGGCAACGUCGACAACUGCAAGCGCGACGUCGGCGCGGCGCGCCUCAAGAAGGGUGCCGAGGCCGCGCACUGGUGCGGCGUGCUCCACCGCUCCAACUCUGCCGACCUCGAGUCGCUCUUCCUCUACACGGACGCGCUGGUGAUGAACGGCGACGAUCACAAGGCGCUGCAGGCGCUGCGUACGGCGCAGCGGCAGCACCCGCGCAACCCUCGCAUACACCAGAAGGUCGACGCCCUCGAGCGCGCUAUCAAGCGAAAGUCGAAGGUGCUCGGGGUCUCGCGCAGCGCCUCCGCCCGCGACAUCAAGCGAAAGUACCACGAACUCGCGAGAAAGCACCCGGACAAGAACCCCGACGACAAGGACAAGGCCGAGGCCAUGUUCAAGAAGAUUGCGCGCGCGCACGAGGUGCUGAGUGACGCGGACACCCGCGCGAGGUACGACCGCGGCGAGGACGUGGACGACCCAAACGCGCGGCAGCAGCAGCAACGGAACCCGUUCGGAGGCGGGUUCCACCAGCAGCGAGGGCGGCAGCAGCACUUUUAUCGAGGCUUUUGA